GACGGUUUCGUCGAACGUUCGCGAGUGGUUACGCUCGCCGGCCUUCGACGCGCGACAGUGGGAAGACGAGGAGUUGUUGCUGAUGCUGCAGACAAUGUUUGUCGAGCUCGACCUACCUCAAAAAUUCAACAUUCCCUUGCCGAUUCUGAGGAACUUCCUGUACGAAGUCUACAAUAAUUACAACGAGGUGCCAUUUCACAAUUUCAGGCACUGUUUCUGCGUGGCGCAAAUGAUGUACGCGAUAGCCUGGGCGGUGGACCUUCCGUCGAAAAUCGGCGACCUCGAGGUCCUCAUACUGAUUGUCUCCUGUAUUUGCCAUGAUCUCGAUCAUCCGGGCUACAAUAAUAUCUAUCAAAUAAACGCGCGGACUGAGUUGGCGUUACGCUACAACGAUAUCUCGCCCCUGGAGAAUCAUCAUUGCUCUGUGGCAUUCCGGGUCUUGGAGGCGCCCGAGUGCAACAUUCUCGCAUCCUUGGACAACCCUACGUAUAGAAUAGUUCGUGAGGGCAUCAUAAGAUGCAUCCUAGCGACCGACAUGGCCCGGCACAACGAGAUCCUCGGCCAGUUCACCGACAUUACUCCCGAAUUCGAUUACACUAGCAAGGCGCACAUAAAUUUGUUGUCCAUGAUCUUGAUCAAAGUGGCUGAUAUAAGCAACGAGGCACGACCGAUGGAAGUCGCGGAACCAUGGCUGGAUAGAUUGCUUCAAGAGUUCUUCAAGCAGAGCGACGCAGAGAAACUCGAGGGUCUUCCGGUCACGCCCUUCAUGGAUCGCGAUAAAGUGACCAAGCCGUCCUCCCAAGUUAGCUUCAUCGGCCUAGUUCUCCUCCCUCUCUUCGAAGCUCUCGGCGAACUUCUACCCGAGUUGCAGGAUCUCAUAGUUCAACCGGUCAGGGAAGCUCUGGAGUAUUAUCGAAGACUGAAUGAAGCAGCCAAAGAUGAGCGCCAUCAUCGGAGGAGCGUCGUCGACGUCGGGGAGUCGGCGCCAUCCAACAUGUCAACCGCUACCGGUAGUUCGUCCACCGUUAUCAAGUCUACAUCGUCGCAUAGCAUGCGCUCAAAAAGGUCCGCUACGACAAUUCAUUCGCGUUCGCGUUCCACCGACGAUGAUAUCACAGAAAAUUUGACGAUGGAGGAGGCGGAAAAUGUCGAGAGCUCUGAUCCGGAGACCGCCACGGAGGUAGAGAUCAGCGAAAAGACGCUAAAGUUCAAAAUUUCUACGGAGGGCACACUGACCGGCCCGACGUCCGGUCGGAAGAGCUAUCCUGGCAGUCGAAAAGGCAGCCGGGAAAAAUCUUCGUUGGAUUAUCACAAUCACGAUUUGGUCAAAGCUGUUCGUGAUCAUGAUUACGAAAGGAGACGUAGCAAGGGCGAAAAUCUUGGCAGUGACCUGAGCUCGCCGGUGAGCGCGAGGUCUGCCGAGGGCACGCGGAUCCUUGAGGAAAUGGAGAAAGACACGAUUAUUUCAGACGCCAAGAUUGAAAGCAAGACGCCUGAGGGAAACGGUAAUGUCGUCGCGGUGGAGGCCCGCUCGCAACCGAAGAACAAUGUAAGGAAAACCAGCAAUGUCAUAGAGAACGAUCAGGAAAACAGAUCAAGUCGCAGGGAUGCUCACAGUAGUCGGGAAUCGAUCGGUUUGCGAUGUUGCUGCGACGACAAAACUGGGCCGAAUAACAAGUCUCUAUUCUCACGACUGAGGAACUUUACGGACCGUCUUAGCAUGAGCUUCGACUCAAAAGACUCGCCUAGUCCAAAACCGAAGCAUACUUCGAAGAUGCUCAAUAAGAGUAACUCGAUUAGUAGUGGUUCGGCCACGACUACCUCGUCGAGGUAUAACAACUCGUUGUUUAUUUGCAAACGCUGCAACUUGGUUAAGUCCUCAGUAAAACACGGCAACAAGGCAGCCAUUGCAACCGUGGUGGAGUUAUCAUCAGUGGACAAACGGGCGAUGACUCUGCCAAAGGUUCGAAAGUCCACGGAUAGUAAAAAUAAGAGCUGGCGAACGGUAUUCGCUAAAGAGAAGAGAUCGUCCACUUCUUUGGAGGUUUUACCGGCAGCCGGUUCUGGCUCCCGUUCGUUUUCCAAGCACCGCAGAAACUUGUCAAACCCCGAGGGCAAGUCGCAAAGCUUGAAGGAAACGAAGACUCGACAAACUUUGGACAUCGAGUUCCAUGAAAUAGAUGUUCGUUCGAAGAAUCAACAGCCUGAAAUUAUAGUCAAUCCAGACGAUACCUGCUGCGAUAUCGAAGAAGAUCUCGGCAAGGUAGAAAUCAGAAGAAGUUCGGCCAGCAUGGAAGAUAUCUCCAAAAUGGCGAAACAGGCAGCGGAAGCUGCUGUAUUAGGCGUGCUAGAUCCUAAAAAGGCGGAGGAGCGUCCUCAUACCGGUAGUCUAGACUCGAUGCUCUACAAAGACGUGUCCAAGUCACGAAAGAAGCAUUCCGCAUUCUGCUCGCCCGCGACGACAAAAAAAUCAUCACCUGGACUAUUUUCGCGAUUUAAAUCUGGUAUGAGCAUCGAUAGCACUCGGAGCAAUAGCAACAGCGAUUCCUUGCAUGAUCACGGUUCACAAAGCGGUUGGAUAUCCUCAUUGACAGCUAGCUUUCGGCCGAAAAGACAUCCGAACGAAACGCCGCUGUCACCGCAUCCACCGAGGUCGCCCAGCAGAGAGGAGAUCAAGUGAUACGUCCUGGUGGUCGAGGAUUCCUCUGACAAGAAACUCAGCCUCCGCGGCUGGUGGCCUGAGAACUUGUUUUGCUGCAAUAGCUAAGAAUCGAGCGAGAAAGUUGAAUGUCUAAAGAGGCUAAUUUAGACCAAGAAAUUUUCGGGAAUAUCGUCUUCAUAUUCGUAAAAAAAGAAAUAAAUAAAAUGAUUUCUAAAAGAUUUUUUAAGACGUUUAAAUUUUCUAAUGCAGAAAUUAUCUCGCGUACUUCUCUCUCAUUGCGAUAUUAAUUGUUAAUAGAUUAAUAAUUGCCGUGGAAAAAUCUCUGAUCGCGAACGCGUCAACUAUAUUCUAUUUUGCGAAAUAAAAUGUACCAUAAAUUCUUGUGAGUAAUUCACAAUGUCGUAGCGUACGAUGCAUUUGUAAUAUACGAAUUAAAUGUUUCUCUAUGUAUAAUAUUGAAAACGGUCAAUUUGAAUGAACGUGUUUGCUCGAGCAUGUCAUUUAUCGAGAAAAUAUUAGAUAUAUAUACAAUAUAUGAUUAUCGCAAUUGAAUUAAAAUAAUCUUGCAGAGGAAUCCUCAGACCAUUAUUUCGUGUUAUCGACUUUGAGUGUUUUAUGUCAUGACGAUCGCAAAAAUUGAGAUACAUUUAUUUGUGAAGGGCAUCUACGGCCUGUGGAAUACAAGGAGAUGUAUGCUAUAUACAUAAACUAUUUUAUUUAUUGUUCAAUUAAAGAGUAGCCUAAUGCGUAAUCAUUAAUGUUGUUCGUUACUAUACAUAUAUAAAUAUAGAUAAAGUGCAGAUGUAUACAGAGACAUAAGGAUAUACACAUAUCCAUCGUGCAUAAAAAAAAUAUAUAUAAAUCUAUAAUAUACGCGAGCAAGUGGAUAAUUAAACGGAAAAGAAGAGGAAGAAGAUAUACAAGUAGAUAUGUAAACGUGGCUCUGUCGUAUCGAUGUACGAUUAAGUUUUACGAACUAUGUAAUCGAGGAUGUAGGGAUAAGAGAAUAUUCUCUGACUGCUUCUAGAAUAUCCUGAAAAUAAUCGCGUGUUUUUAGACAAUAUUCUCAAAAUGAAGAUAUUACUGUUUUCCAAAAGCACGUGAUUAUUCCAAUUCUGAAAAAAAGAGACAUGUAUACACAUAUAUUCUCGAAUCCUAGAAUAUUCUUAGAUUAUUUUCAUUCUCGCAAAGACUUCACCUCACCUAAAAUUAGCAGUUGCCACGGUGAAAAGAGAAAAUGAGAUAGAUUUGUCGGAAUAAUUAUUGCACUGUUCGUCAAGAUUCACGCGGCGAAAAAUCUCGUCGAUUCAUUUGAUCGGAGAAUAUUACACGAAAAGAACAGUUUUGCUAAAGUAUUUAAUUUAGCUAGAUCUGAUCAGCGUAUACAGAAAGAGAAUCCCCUAAAAAAACUGUGACUUUCAGAGUAUCAGAUUGCUUCUUGUUCUAAUGAAGUUAAUUGCAAUGUUGGCAUUUAACGAUGUCUCAAGCAUGGAAAUAACCCGUAAAUCGUAAAACUUCAUCGAAUUUAGCUAGAUAAAUUUAAAAAUAAUUUUGUUAAACCAUUAAAUAAUUAUAUAGGAUAAUCAUAAU